AUGGCCACACCAGAAGUAAUGCCAAACGAAAUGUUUGAAGAAAUAUUUCAAUAUAUUCCGUCGUGUGAUUUAUAUUAUGGUUUUUAUAAUUUAAAUUCAAGAAUUAAUUCUAUUCUUCAUCAUCUUCAUCAAUGGAAAUUUGAUCUAUUAUAUCAAUGUUCAAUAAAACAUGAUUGCCAAGAUUUGAUUUCGAAGUUCAAUAAACAAAUUAUAUAUUUAUUAAUGGAUGCCAAUGAUUUUUGUUUACAUUUUCAAUCAAAAAAUUAUAUUAAUUUAAAAUCUUUAGUAUUACUAUGUGAAUCAAUAACAACUAAUCAAUUGAAUGAGCUUGUUCAUCAACUAGGUUCAUUAAAACAACUGACAUCAUUAUCACUAACACUCUGUUGUCAUGAAAAUUAUAACUAUGGACAAAUAUUAUUAACUAUUCCAACAUUGAAAAGAUAUCUACUCUCGGGCGCUGAUUAUACUAAAUUUAAAUUUAUUCUACCAACAACAUGUAUCAUAUCUAAUCUUGAAUAUAUGAAUAUUGAUCCAUUCUCUCCCAAUAGUAUCAACGUAAUUAUUAAUCAAUUAUUAAAUUUAAAAUAUUUAAAUGUGGAUAUAUUUGAACAGUUAACACCGUCAUUAUUAACAAUAAAUAAAAAUUUAUCAUUGACUUAUUUAAGAAUUAAUAUACAUACAACAAAUCAAUUUGAUGAAUUUGAAAUUUUUGUUGAAUAUUUUCCAAAUUUAAAACAUUUAUCAUGUUGUAUUUACUCACCAAAUGAUUUCAAUUUUAUUAAUGAUCAACGAUGGCAAUCGUUGAUAACAACAAAAUUAAUAAAUCUAAAAUAUUUCUAUUGUUUUAUUGCACAUUUAGAGUCUGAAAUUAAAGAGCAAGCAAAAACAACAUUACUAUCAUUUCAAAAUGAAUUUUGGCUUCAGUGGAAUACAAAAUGUGUUUAUGAUUGUGAAAAUGGUAGUAUUUGUAUUCAGACUCAAAAUUAUGACUAUGAUUACGAUUAA